GCUGCAAGUAUAACGUAGAAUAUCAUACGAUCUUGUUUUGUAAUUCUAUCUAAUUUAGUAAAAUAGUAAAAAAAAAAAAAAAUAUUGAAAUGCCGAAGAUUAAAGCUGAAAAUUCUCAGAAAACUGUGAGAAAAUUGAAACGACCUACUACAACUCCAGUAAAAGAUGUGGGAAAUAGUGAUUCUUUGCUAUCAGAAGAAGAAUUAGAUGAUGUUCCAAGAUCUGCAAAUGGUUCUGAUAAUGAUUCUAAAAGAAGUUAUUUAGACCUUGAAGAGGAACCUGUUCAAGAUUUUAGCGGCAGUAUGUCAAAAUUGUUAGAGAGAUUCAGCACUGAUUUAAAUAAAACAAUGCUAGCAAAACGAAAAAAGCUGGAACAGUUCACUCAGGAAUCGACGAAAACCACAACUAAAAAGGUUUUGGAAACUAACAAAACGCAGUCAGCUGAAAGGAAAAAACUCAUUCAAGAAUUUCAAAAUCAGAUGUACGCUGUUAUAAAUCAAGGUGAAGCAGAAAUCGAAAAAUUGAAGGAUGCAGAUGAAAAGCUUCAAAAAGCGUUAGUACAGCAGCAAAAGCAUCAGCAACAGAUAAGAAUCGCACAUAGUCAACGUUUGAAAGCUUUGAAAGGUCUUAGUGAAGAAUUUUGCAAAGGGAUGACUGAAUUAGAAGAAAGUCAUGUUCAACAAUAUUCAGCUGUUCAUAACGAGUUGAGAAAAGAAAUGUCCAUACUGCAGAAGAAAAUACUUAUGGAUAUUCAGCAGCAAGAAAUGCUGAAUGUGCGUAAGCAAUUAAAACAGCUCCUGCCGUAAACUUUCUAACAUAUUCAUAAUUUUAUCAUCUUGUGUUUAUUUGUGUAACAAAUUGUGUUUGUGACUUCAAUAAAAAUGCAAAAUAUUA